GUUCAAUCCAGCAGCCGCCGGUAGCUCGACCGUCAUUCCUCUCUUGGAGACGACCGCAUUCUGUGUGAGGUACGGUUCAAUUGAAACCAUCCUGCUCGUUCUGCUCAUCCUCCAUCUCCGCCACCUCCGCCACCUCCGCCACCUUCUCCCGUCUUGCUGGCCCCGAAGAGGUCGUCCAUCGACUCAGGAAAGGAUCGACUUGGUUUGAAAAGAGCCGCACGUGUGCUUGAGCAGUGAGUGGCUUGAUCUGAUUGGAUCGACGACCAUCGCCUUAGUCUACUCGCCGUUGCUCCCGUUGCUUCCGUCAUGGAUGAAGACUAUGAUUGUAUCGUGUUGGGCACUGGCCUGACCGAGUGCAUCAUGAGCGGCAUGCUCUCCGUGUCCGGCAAGAAGGUUCUGCACAUGGAUCGAAACAAGUACUACGGGGGCGAGUCGGCCUCGCUCACCCCACUCGAGGAGUUGUUCACCAAGUUCGGCGUGCCUACUCCGGAUGACACGUUUGGUCGAGGCCGCGAUUGGAAUGUGGAUCUCAUUCCCAAGUUUAUCAUGGCCAACGGUCAACUGGUAAAGCUGCUCAUUCACACGGGGGUCACCCGUUACUUGGAGUUCAAGUCCAUUGAAGGGAGUUAUGUUAUGGGGAAAUCGGGAAAAAUCUGCAAGGUCCCCGCCGAUGAGCGCGAAGCCCUCUCUUCGGACCUCAUGGGGCUCUUUGAGAAGCGAAGAUUCAAGAACUUCCUCGUGUUUGUUCAAGACUUUGAUCCUAAAGAUCCAAAAACAUGGAAGGAUGUGGACCCACAGAAAUGCACUAUGGAUGAGGUUUACAAGAAGUUUGGUCUUGACCCGAAUACGGCCGAUUUUGUUGGUCAUGCUUUGGCUCUCUACCGUGACGAUGAUUACCGUCAAAAGCCUUGCCAGGAAGCCCUCGACCGGAUCAAGCUCUAUAGCGACUCUUUGGCCAGGUACGGAAAGUCCCCUUACCUAUAUCCCCUGUACGGGUUGGGUGAAUUGCCGCAGGGCUUUGCCAGGUUGAGUGCCAUCUAUGGAGGCACGUACAUGUUGGACAAGCCCAUCGAUGAGAUCGUCAUGGAGGGCGGCAAGGUGGUAGGGGUCCGGUCUGGCGAUCAAAUAGCCAAAUGUAAGCAAGUUUUUUGCGAUCCUUCUUACGCCCCCACCCAAGUACGUAAGGUGGGCCAAGUGAUUCGUUGCAUUUGCUUGUUGGAUCAUCCUUUGCCCAACACUAAGGAUGCCCUGUCCACUCAGAUCAUUAUUCCGCAAAAGCAAGUCAACCGGCAGUCCGAUAUCUAUGUUACCAUGGUAUCGUACACCCAUCAAGUAGCCAGCAAAGGCUGGUUCAUUGCUAUGAUUUCAACAAAUGUGGAAACUGAUAAUCCUGAGCAGGAGAUCCAACCAGGCCUGAACUUGUUAGGCCCCAUCAAGCAGAAGUUCAUACAACUGAGUGAUGUGUAUGAACCGCAAAACGAUGGCACCGACAACCAAUUGUUCAUCUCCAAGUCAUAUGACGCCACGUCACAUUUUCAAACCACUUGUGUCGAUGUCUUGGAUAUUUUCAAACGAGCUACGGGCGAGGAAUUUGAUUUUACCAACGUCAAACACAAUCUCGAGGACCAAGAGUAGACGAAAAUGAUCAUGAGCUCCUCCACCUACCGUGGAAAUGGAUCAGUCCGACGUUUCACUCGCAAUUGAUUUUUUGAUUGAUGGAUGAGUUUAGUCCUGCAUUCCAUGUUUUUUUAUAAUAAUAUAUUUUAAGGGUCUGUCCUCAAGAAAUAUUUGCACAUCCCUCAUUUGAUUGGCUCAUCACCUGCUUACACCCUAAAGUUGAAUUCAAAAUAUUGUUCUUAUGUUUACUUUCUUCAAUAAAUGGAUCUUAUACCUUGGGGC